AUGGAGCGCGGACGUGGUGGCCGCGGGCGCGCGACCAAGAAGAUGCGUGGAACCCUGUCAACUACAUCUCACCACCACCAACAGUUUAGCCAACAACAACAUCAACAGCGUCCUAUUGCUCAGCAGCACGAAUUCGAGCAUCAAUUUCAGAUUACACCCUUUCCCCAAGUCAAUGGCUCUCACCACUCCAACACCACAACUACGGGCACUGUUAACCCUUCCAUUCCCGGCAGCACCUCACAUGCGCCUCACCCCUCCUCCACCUACACCCCCUUUUCGGAUCUGACCACUCAGAAUCCUCCAAUCCCCUUUACAUCGCAUGUGCAGAACAAUCAACCACACCAUUCAACGCACCCAUAUCCCCAGAUGCAUGGCCAUCAGUUUCAGCAACCACAACAUCAACCACAACAUCAACAGCAGCCGCAGCAGCAGCAACAGCAGCAGCAGCAACAGGCGCAUCAGCCGCCGACGACACAUCAACGCGCUCCUUCAGUCGGUUCCCUCCGAGGUGGUAGGAGCAAGCAAGUCGCUUAUCCAAACCUUCAACAGCGCCGCACUGCUUCUCCAUCGGCCCCUGAUUCGACUUCUUCCUUCCCCGUCACUCCACACAGUGAUCGCACCGCCGGAGGACCUGCAUUGGAUACAACAACCCUUUUCACCUUUGAGGCGCCCUCGAGCACUGCCAUGCCUGCUGGCAACACAUCAGCUCGCAAAAGGUCCAAGACCUUUGACUUCUCUCAUGAAGCCCCCAAAUUUGACGAUGAGGGAAACUCAAAUAGCAAAGGCGGCCACUCGCUCAGGAAGCGUGCACGGAUCGACUAUAGCCAGGAACAGAUUGAUGAUGUAUUCGGUGGUGCCGCCACCAAAGUCGAUUCCGCUGCCAGGCCUGCCGGCACACCAACCACCCGCGGACGCCGGCGAAGGGGUACCCAAGGGGAUUCUGAGGGUGAAGAACUCAAGGAUCACGAUCAUAGUGCCUUGCGUAACAAGCGGGGCAACAAGUCUCCGGCUCCUGCACGUAACUCAUCCUCUCACCGGAAGCCAGCGGGUAAGAAGCCGGCUACAGCGCAGAGCACUUAUGUUGAGCAUCACCGGUCGGACAAUGACGUGCGAGAUACCAUCUUAGUCGGCGUCUCGAUGGAUGAGAUACCCGAGGUAGAGGAAGAGUCGGAACAGUCGGCCGUUGCAGGUGCAUCCGCGGCCAAUCAAUCGUCAAAGCCCAACGGAUCCGGUGCUGUCCCGCAAGGUGAACAGUCAUUUCCUCGCGCUGCUGAUUCCAGAGAAGCAGUCAGUUCGUCCCAGUCACAAAAUUCUUCCGCAUCCCAUGGCAAAAUCGAAAGCACCAGCAAUGAGGAUGAACCGGCUCCAAAUCCAUCAACACGGGAGAACGGUACCACCGCUUCUUCCAAGGACACUUUAACCAAUGAGCAAGGCUCUCACCAGGUAACCGCCAUGUCGACCGAGACUGAGACAUUACAUCCAUCAGAACACCCCCAAAAUCACCCAAAUCUACUCCACGAUGGGCCCUUUAAGGUAGAGCCCACAGAGCAAGAUGAAGCAACCCAUUUGCACUCCGUGCCAGAAUUGAUUCCCUCGUCACCAAUUCCUUCUUCCAAGGUCAACUCUCAACCCGGCAAUCGCCCUCCAUCCCCUCCCAAUACCACACAAGGUAGUAAUUCGGUUGCGACAACUUCCCCAUCGUCAUCUUCUCGGACGGUACGACCUCCCAAGCCGGGUUUCCCUCCCCGUUUGAAGAACCUCGAAAAGAUCUAUAGCCUCGAGACACCCAUCGCUGCUUCUCUGAAGCUUACGCCCUACGUGGACGAUGAUGUCACACACCCUGGCCCUUUUACUGAAAGGCUUGUCCUUGAUCCUAUGACGAAGGCCAAUCCUACGCCUAUACCGACGCCGGCCACCUCACCGGCUCCCACCCCUGCACAGCCGGUGCCGGUCGCACCGGCCGCCGUGCCGGAACCCACGUCUACUGAAUUCCAUUGGGAUGGGCGCCGCAAGCUGAAGACGGAAGAGUUUUACAAACUCUGGCGACAGGAAACUGGAAAGAUGGUGGCGAGUGGCCAGCCUCGUAUGUCAAUGAAGGAGUUUAGAGAUAACUACUAUAUUCCACGACUGAAGGAAGCACAGGCUGAGUCUGGAGGCAAAGUAGCGGAAACACUCCCCCCACCAGAGCCAGCUCCCGUACCAAAGGUGAAGCAAGCCUCUCGUCCAACAGGGCAAGCAUCCGAUGAUGUGCCCCAAACUGAACCUCCGACUGCCGCGCCUUCUCCCUCCGAGAUGGUGGACGAGGAAGAUCUGGCAACCGCAUCUGUGGCCGACGAUGAAGAUGGGCAGUAUGUUAAUGGGCCGGUGUUUGACCCUGAAAAAGCCGCGGGCUCUAUAGAACCCCUAGAGGUGGUCCGGCAGCCACGGAAACAGUGGUCAUUCCCCAAGAUUCGCGACGUUCAAGAUUUUGCGGAUCUCUUGGAAGACUACCAGGAUAUGGACACUGCCAUGCUCUACAAGUUGGCUGAAGCCAUGUCUGAAACCCUCAGUGUCUGGCAGAAUGAAUUCCGCGAGCUCAGGAAGGUUGUUGACGAUGAGGACAAUGCAGAGCGCCGCAAGAAGAAUGAUGUCUCGAUUGUCAACUGGGAAAACCGGCUGAAAGCGGAGGACGCACCACAUUUCCGCCGCCACUAUGAUGAACCCACCAAGGGACCGCCCGCCUUCGAACUCAAGGGUGUUCGCGCACCGAAGCCUUCGUCAGAUGAUCCCAUCUACGAGCAUCAAAAGGACCAGGAUAAGAUCAUGGCCGCAGCAUAUGGCUUCAAGCACAAUCCCCAUGCCAACGCGGUUGGUAGACAAAACAUCGAAGAGCAACGGUGGGACAUCACCGAGACCCGACCACACAGGAAAGGUGCUGGAAAGGCUGAGCUUGCCGAAGAAAACGUUGUUGAAGGAAAGCGGGUGCGCAAGCCCCGCAACCUCUCGGAUCAGAGCAAGGAUCCUAGUCGUGCCGGCACCCCUACCGGCGGCCCAUCUACUGUUGUUGGCCGGCGUGGCAAGCGCAAGCAAAUGGCUCCCAAUGACGAUUCGGUUGAGCCGUCUGACCAAACUCCGGCCGUAGAGAUUGUCCCUGAGCCUGUAGUCCGCAAACGACGCGGACCCAAACCCAAAGCACUUAUUUUGGCGGAGCAAGCUCAGCAAGCAAAGGAGGCACAACAAGCUAAGGAGGCCCAGGAGGCAUUGGAAGCCGAGCAAGCCAAGGAGUCUCAGCAGGACAUGGAAUUUCAGAUUGCCGAGCAAGUCCAGGAAACUGAGGAAGUCCCACUGGGUGAUGACGCAGCUAGCGUAGCACUUGAGGAACCCAAGGCUGAAGAGACCACAUUGCCAGUAGACAAGCCGAAACCAGGACGCAAACGUGGUCGUGCACCGGCUGCGCCUCCUGUCGUUGAGGAAACACCUGCCCCUGCGCCUGCUCCGACUGAAAGUGAGGAGGGAAAGACUAAGCGUCAGCGUCAGCCCAAGGUGGCCCUUCCUCCGGUUCAAGAGAUCGCUCCGCAAUCUUUCUAUAAUAGCCCUGUUACCUUGGAUAAUGGUGCUUCGGAAACUCUACCACAAGAGCAGCACGUACCGAGGCCAUCAACUGCUUCGUCAGAGGGAACGAACAAUACGGUCGGCACCCCGGAGUCGAGCUAUUCGUUGCGUGACAAGCGGAGACGCAACUUUGCGCUCGAGAACGAUCCCGAGCUUGAGCCAAGACAGCACAAGCGAGCUCGCAACGCUGUUCCGGCUAAACCAGAGAGCCACGAGCCUAAGAAGCGUGGCCCUAAGAAGAAGAACGCGAAUGUGACGAGCCAGCCUACUUCAGUACCUCCUCCACCACCUCCGGCACUUGCUCCGCAGCAGCCCGUAGGAGGAUUGAAAGCACCCGCAUUGUUCUUCAACAGUGGACCGCCACCCAUCGCUCCGGCCCCUGGUCCGUCUCCUUUCAUGCAUACAUUUAACGCCGCCCCAGCCUUCCCACCAGGAGGUCCUCCGCCGCAAGUUCCCGCGCCACCGGCUAUCACCAAGCCGUUAACUCGCAUCAAGAUCAAGAACCCAGGACCCCCUCCGAUGGGUCCUAGCUUUGCCCAAGUGCCUCCCCAGGCGGUCCCUCCCGUCAACAAUGGCCCACAUCCUACCUUGAAGGGCCCAGGUAAAGCACCUCGGGCUCCGAAGGCGGCUACGCCAACCCCGCCCGAACCUGUCGAACCUCCCAAGAUGAUGCCCAGUGGCUUUGCCCUGGCCAAUACUACGGAGCCGGAUAAGCCAUAUGCGGAGAUGAGCAAGUCGGAGAAGAUGAGCUAUUCCAUGAGACGACGCUGGGCUUCGGGUGAAAUGCAAGGAGCGGUUGAAAAGCGCCGUACAACAUUGGCCAACAAGAAGGCCGAAAAGGCAGCAACGGGCGUGACAAACGGUAACGAGCCGGGCAUGAUGUCGAUGAGCCAGACUCCAGAUCCAGUUUCCGCUGGCCCCUCAACCGGUGCCUCGGCCCCGACAACACCAAGCCUUGGUCCCACUCACACCGGGCUGUUGGCUUUGCCGCCCCAACCUCAAGGAGUUCAGAACGUCCAGGUGGCACAGGGCCAUCACCAGGUGAUGCACAGCUUCCCCCCGCUUCCACCACAUAUCAUGCCUCCGCAGCAUAUGCCUCCGCAAUCGAUGCCCCCUCAGCAAAUGCCACCUCACUCGAUGGCUCCCCAGCCCAUGCCUCCAAUGGCCCAGAUGGCACCCAUGUCACAGCCUGGUCCGGGCCAGGGACAGAUGCCGCCACAAAUGGCUCCGAUGCCCCCGAUGCAACAACAGAUGCAACCGAUGCACCCUCUCCAGCAUCAACAUAUGCCGCCUCAAGCCAUGCAGCCGUUGUCUUACCCUUACCCUCACCCUCCUUCUGGGCAUGGACCCGUUGCUUAG